GUUCUGACGGAAGUGAAUUCAAUCCCUCAUCAUUAUCUUGGUCAUCUCUUAAGCCACCAAAAUCAUCAGGAAGGGUUAAAAGUACUGAAAUGGCCCCCACCAAAAGGAUUUCUCUGAUUGCAAAUGAAGUCAAACAAGAUGGCAAACAUGUUAACAAGACUGGGAAAAGUUCGAUGGCAGCAGGUAAACCCAGAUCGCCUCUAAAAUCUUCACAAAGUGAAAGUGAUUGUCAUAAUUCCUCAUACAUGAAAAAGAAGUAUCACUGUAUAUCGUAUAUAGCCCCAACUUCAACAGCCUGCAGAGAUCAGAGAGUUCGUCCCAAAGGAACUUCCAUUGCACCACCAAGCAAUUCUGUUCCAUUGCUUUCUUCAACAAAUUUAAAACCUUCUAGCAUCCGAUUGCCAUUGCCCAAAAUUGGAUACUUUGAUCAGGUCGAAGCAGGAAGGGAAGAGAGUGGUGGACAAAAUGGAAGUGAAAAUAGAUCAAAAGCACUGAAAGAUAAAGAUGAUAUUAAGAUUUCAAAGGGUUGUUCUCAGCAUUGUGAAGACAAAACCAAAGAUUUCAUCAGAAAUCACAAAACGAGGACUAAAACUACCACAGAAGCACAAGCAGAGUUGUGUGCUAAGGGCAAGAGGCCAAUAUCGCACAAAGUGGCUAAAGUUCUUCCACGCCAUUGUCAGGCAAUUACAACUACUGGGGACGGUGGUGAUGUACUCAUAGAGCUUAGUACAAAUCAAGAUCCAUAAAAACUUUAGCGAGCCGGGCUACAUCCUAAUACUCUGCCCUGUCAGAACUCUGAAGUGUUUAUUAGAUUUGAUUGUGCUCGGAACAGACUGCAAAUUUUUCUGUUUUCCGGGAAAGUAUUCAUGUCUUUCCCAGAAAAGAGUGUUUUCAUAUUUUCGUGAUUAAGAU